AUGUAUUGUUGCAGCAACGGUCCAGUGGAGGGCGCGUAUGGUUCGCAGCACAGUCCGGUGUCGCGCUCGGACGCUUCUACUGAGGACGCGGAGCUGACUGCCGCCCUCGCGCACCAGCACCACCUCGCCAUGCAGGCCGGCGACUACCCGGUGUCUGGCGUGGAGCCGGAUUAUGGACAAUAUGUGUCUUCCCCAGCAGCUCACUAUAAUCACAUGGGCCACCUCACUAUGGCGCCGUCGCAGAAGUACCCACACGUGAUGGACUCUGUUUCGGUUAGCGGAGGCGUGUACGGAACGAGCGCGGGGGCCGCACAUUACGGCACUUACGCGCAUUACGGUGCGGCGUAUCCCGCACAACCCGCCUACCUCGUGGAGCCCGGCUCGCAGGUUCCCGCCUAUAUGGCGCAGGAGUACGUGGAAGGAGGUGGCAGUGCUUCUCCAAGGAGUGCCUCGCCAGGCGCUCUGCCGCCGCAGCACAACCUCCACUUGCAACAGAGGUAUGAUUCCGCGUCGCUGGAGCAACUGGGACGGCACUAUUGCGUGACGUCACCGCGCGGCGAGUACGCCGGCGACGCGUACGGCUACCAGCACUACCCGACCGCUUACGACCCACCGCCGCACCAGCCUCCGCCGUUCAAGGAUUCACAAAACGGAUUAAGCCUCGGUAGCGCCGGCGGGCAGUCAAUGUACGGCGAUGACGACGAACUGCAGAAGCAAAUGGCUGGAAUGGCAUUAGUUCACCCCAGCGUGGGUGGCCGGGAAGACGGCGGUGGACUGCAGUGGCGCGAUCCGAAUCUACCCGAGGUGAUCGGAUUCUUGAACUCGCCUUCAGACGUGGUGAAGGCCAACGCUGCGGCAUAUUUACAACACCUCACCUAUAUGGACGAUCCUAAUAAGCAGAAGACGAGGAGCUUAGGCGGCAUCCCGCCCCUGGUGCGUCUGGUGUCGCACGAGAGCCCCGAGGUGUGCCGCAACGCGUGCGGCGCCCUGAGGAACCUCUCCUACGGCCGCCAGAACGACGAGAACAAGCGCGCGAUAAGGGACGCGGGCGGUAUACCCGCCCUGAUGGCGCUGCUCUGCCGCGCCGCCGACAUGGAGGUAAAGGAUCUGGUAACAGGAGUCAUCUGGAAUAUGUCGUCGUGCGAGGACCUGAAGCAGUCGAUCAUCGAUGACGCGGCGCAAGUGAUAGUUAACAAAGUCAUCAUACCGCAUUCCGGGUGGCAUCCAACCAAUCCCGGCGACACUUACUGGUCAACAGUGUUCCGCAACGCGUCGGGCGUGCUGCGCAACGCGUCGUCGGCGGGCGAGUACGCGCGGCGGCGGCUGCGCGCGCUGCCCGGCCUCGUGGAGGCGCUGCUGCACGCGGUGCGCGCCGCGGUGCGCGCCAACGCCAUCGGCACCAAGAUCGUCGAGAACUGCGUCUGCGUGCUGCGCAACCUCUCGUACAGAUGCCAAGAAAUAGAGGAUCCUUUAUAUGAUACGAGAGCUCCACCCACACAAUCUUCCGGGCAGGCUAGAAUACAAGCUAGUGCAUCCAAAGGCGAAAACCUCGGUUGUUUCGGCGGAAGUAAAAAGAAGAAGGAGGGAUCGUCGUCUUCAAACUCCACCAGUCCCCUGGGCAAGAGCGAUCCUGACACUCAGCCCCUCGGGGAGACCGGCUCCAACACGCAGCUUGGCUACAGCGUACCCAAGGGCACGGAAAUGCUGUGGUCACCCGAGGUGGUGCCCCUGUACAUGGCGCUGUUGCAGUCCUGCUCCAACCCCGAGACGCUGGAGGCGGCGGCGGGCGCGCUGCAGAACCUCGCCGCCUGCUACUGGCAGCCCUCGAUCGAUAUACGCGCCGCCGUGCGAAAGGAGAAAGGUCUUCCGAUCCUGGUGGAACUGCUGAGAAUGGAAGUAGACCGCGUGGUGUGCGCGGUGGCGACCGCCCUCCGCAACCUGGCCAUCGACCAGCGCAACAAGGAGCUCAUCGGGAAGUAUGCCAUGCGCGACCUGGUGCAGAAGCUGCCAAGUGGAAACCAGCAGCACGAUCAGGGCACGUCCGACGACACGAUAGCGGCCGUGCUGGCAACCCUCAACGAGGUGAUAAAGAAGAGCGGCGAGUUCUCCCGUUCCCUGCUCGAGGCCGGCGGAGUGGAGCGUCUGCUCAACCUCACCAAGCAGCGCCAUCGUCACACGCCCAGAGUGCUCAAGUUUGCUGGCCAAGUUCUGAUGACGAUGUGGUCGCACGCCGAGCUGCGCGAGGUGUACCGCAAGCACGGGUGGCGUGAGGCCGACUUCCUGACGCCGGCCAGGGCUGCCCAGCCGCGGGGCUCCUCCAACAGUAGCGGUCAGGGCACGCCGGCCGGCGCCGCUGGCACAGCGCCGCACUCGCCGAGCAACGCGAACAGCACGCUGAGCCGGCCGAUGGCCUCCACGGGCGGAACCCGCUACGAGGACCGCACUAUACGCAGGCAUCGAGAGAGCGAUGACGUGCCGACUCUGGACUCGAACAGCUACCAGGACGGCCUCGGUAUGGGCAACCCGAACGGGCGGCCGAUGAACCUGCAGGGGGUCCAGGCUCAGAUGCCGAUGCCGCCGGGCCGU